AUGGCUGGAUUCCAUGCCGUGGUUACUACAUAUACAACUGUCGCCAUGUGUCUAGCUCUGGGAGCUGCGCUUAACAUCACAACAGAGAACAGUUUGAGGAGGUUUUUGAUGACGGACUACAGCCCCGGAGUGAGACCUAAGAUUAACAGUACUGAGGCGAUAGCGGUCUAUCUGGACGUGGCUCUACAUCAGAUCAUUGAAGUGGUUUCGAAAAGCCAGUUGCUCAUCACAAAUCUACGUGUAAAACAGUACUGGAGGGACGAGUACCUUGUCUGGGACCCGGAUGUGUUUAACGGCCUCAGUAAAAUCCGGAUCCCCAGUGAACAGAUAUGGCGGCCUGACAUAUACCUCUUUAACAGACAACAGGAAGAAGAGGUAGUUAUACCAGACACGUGGGCAGAGUUGAACCACACAGGUCACGUGAAGUGGACGUACAUUAUCACCAUGAGGAGCACCUGUCUGCAAAGGCUGCUGGGAUUUCCCAACGACGAACAGAUUUGUCCUCUACAAUUUGGCUCUUGGACCAACGACAACCAGGCGCUUGAGCUUUACAACAUGUCUUCGGUUGGUGACAUCACUGACACUGUACAGAACGAGGAAUGGGAACUAGUGUCCAUGGUGGCUGAACGUAACGUCAUACUCUACAACUGUUGUCCCCAUCCCUACGUCGACGUCAUGUACUACAUCAAGAUAGUACGGCGUCCGCUGUAUUAUUAUUAUUACUUCGUGUCACCGUGUGUAAUCAUCAUGGUUUUGACUCUCAUGGGGUUUUUGCUGCCACCGGAUUGCGAGGAAAAGUUGUCCCUGAGUAUCACCAUGCUGCUUUCCGUCGUGUUUUACCUGCAACUUUUGGCAGAAAAGCUUCCGCCGGAUUCCCACGACGUCCCUGUGCUAGGACAAUUCUAUGCGGCCAUACUGGUCAUUGUGGGACUCUCGGCAUUCGUAACCGCGGCAACUUUGAACUUCCAUUUUCCCGAACCCAACAUAAAGCCAGUUCCUGAUUGGCUAAGGCGGAUAGCUCUUGGUGAUAGGCCGAGACCAACUCCGGGGCUAGUUCUGUACCCUCGUGACGACAUCGAUGACGUCAUUCGCCGCAACAGCGUAGCUAGUGGUGUCGACAGUGAAACUGGGGAAGCAACUGUCAAUCAAUGUAAGGGGCAACACAAUUCAGCCAAUGAACAAUCUUGGUCCAAAACGCCAUCAUCCAAUGGCGUCAAGCGACACAAAAUGUUUUCCUAUCACCGAAUGAGGGAGACGUACAUUGGUAGCGAGGUGACCAAUCGUGGACGGCCUUUGCCGCCUUUAGAUUUAGAGAAGCCAUUACGUCAUCAGAAGAGGAAACGUAAUAAGUCUCAGAGACGGUCAAGCAAGCGCCUCAAGCGGAUGCUGGAAGUAUUGCAGCGCCGCCUUGACGUCAUGACAGAACUUUACCGUGAAAUUGUCAGGAGAAAAAGGAGGAAAGAUUUGCAGGCGGCGAUUCAGUACGAAUGGAAGCUGGUUGGCGUCUUUGCUGACAGGUGCCUAUUGGUGAUUUUCUUGCUUGUUUGCGUGACGACAUUGCCCCCGAUUCUGAUACGGUACUGAUUUUUUCCAAAAGUGUG